AUGAUAGUCGGAGAUGGCAUUAACAAUACUAUAAUCACGAGGAACCAUAAUGUGGCUGAUGGGUGGACUACAUAUAGUUCUGUAACAGUUGCUAUAGUUGGACCAAGAUUUGUAGCAAUAAACAUAACCAUUCGAAACACAGCAGGAGCCAUAAAGCAGCAAGCAGUGGCACUUCGAAACGAUGCUGAUUUGUCCACCUUCUACAAGUGUAGCUUUGAAGGCUACCAGGACACCUUGUACACCCAUUCACUUAGGCAAUUCUAUAGGGAAUGCGAUAUCUACAGCACGGUGGACUUCAUAUUUGGAAAUGCAGCUGUUGUUUUCCAAAACUGCAUGUUUGCGAAAUCUGCUUUUUGUUGUAGUGUUAACACAAUCACCACACAAGGAAGGACAGAUAUAAACCAGAAUACAGGUACUUCAAUAAAAAAUUGUAUCAUUACAGUUGCCCCUCACUUGGCAACGAACAAUGGCACGACACAAACAUACUUGGGCAGGCUAUGGAAACUGUACUCGAGAACUAUUUAUAUGCAACCCUUCUUGGAUAGCUUGAUUAAUCCAGCUGGUUGGACUGCGUGGUCCGGAACUUUUGCACUGGACACGUUGUAUUAUGCAGAAUACAAUAACAGAGGACUUAGAUCAAGUACUGCCAACAGGGUUACUUGGCUUGGUUACCAUGUGAUAAAUGUGACAUGUGCGGUUAACUUCACUGUCUCCAACUUCAUAUCGGGAGAUAGCUGGUUGCCUACAACUGGAGUCCCUUACACUGGUGGUUUAAUGUGA